AUGCCAGGCGGAUCGGUGGAGUGUCGUUUAGACAACGCAAGUGACCUGGUCUCUGUGCUUGCAGCCUUGACGUUGCGCGAGAAGGACCAGAAGAACCAAAGCGUCGUGUGUGUGGCAAGUGGAAAUGGUUUGAAAUUCACUGCUCAGAGCAGUGGCAAGGAUGUGGCCGUGCUAGGAUGGAUCUUCAAAGAUGCUUUUGCGGAGUACAGCUUCCAUUCAUCCAAUGAUGAGGAUUUGGUUUUGAAGCUUCCGGUCGCACCUUUACUGAGUUGCCUGACAAUCUUCACAGAAA